AGUGCAUUUACUGAAUUUACUAAGUUACGUACCUUCUUUCAGCAGCUUUCAAUCUGUCACUCAGACACUCACUACUUAGCUUUGAAUCAGUGUUAGUAAAUAAGUGGAAUCUAGGCUGGGUUGUAAUGUUGAGGUUUGUCAGUCGAAUUAUUUUUUUUAAACGUCAACAUGGUGAAAGGUGUUGAUUUAAAUAUAAGUUAAACAGAAAUACAUUCAUAUACUCGUUAACAAGAAUUUCUUCUCACCAAUGCCAUGAAUGAUGAUUCAACAAAUAAAUCUGCUUCUUGCUGUACUACUAACAACAGUUUUGAUAUUCUAUUUGACAUGGAGUUCUCAAGGCAAGGAGAUAAGGAGGUUUGUCAGCCCAGCUCCAGCUCAAGCCCCUGCAAACACCUGCUUCGUCUCUAUCAAUGACACGAGGAGACUUAGUUUAAGCUCUGAGCCCAUGAUAUAUUUCAUCACUCCAUCUUACCCUCGCAGAGAGCAAGUUGCUGAACUUACCAGGCUUGGCCAAACAUUGAUGCAUGUGCCAAAUCUUCACUGGAUUGUAGCAGAUGACAACAGAAUGUGCAACCCUAUGAUUACUCAGUUACUGCCCAGGUUUGGUGUUCCAUUCACACACAUCUCUAGUCCGAUGCCCGAGAUAUAUCGUUCAGUAAGUGUGAUCCCCCGAGGUGUAGCUAACAGAAGAGCAGCUCUAGACUGGAUCCGGGCCAACGUUAAGAGUGGGGUCUUGUACUUUGGUGAUGAUGACAAUACCUUUGAUCUCAAACUUUUCGAAGAGAUACGUGACACCAAUAAAGUAUCAAUGUUUCCUGUCGGCCUUAUUGGGGAGUAUGGAGUGAGUGCUCCUAUAGUGAAAGAGGGAAAAGUGGUAGGAUUCUACGAUUCAUGGCCAGCUAAACGCAAGUUUCCUGUAGAUAUGGCUGGGUUUGCAGUCAAUGUGGAGUACCUACUGAAGUAUCCAAAUGCCACAAUGCCCUUCAGAGCUGGCUAUGAAGAGGAUAGGUUCCUGCGGAGUUUGGGCAUAACUCUAGACAUGAUAGAGCCAAAGGCUGACAGUUGUACUCAGGUCCUGGUUUGGCAUACUCAAACUAACAAGAAACCACCACCAGUAUUGAAGAUUGAGUCUUCUGUAGAUUCAAGCUUGAGAGAUCUGUUACAACAAGUUUCCUACAUGGGGAUGGCAUCUAUCAGCAACAGUAACGGAUCUCAUAGUGAAGUAAUUGUAAUUAGACUGAGAAAAAAACCAAAGUUGAAAUCACAACAGAAAAAUGUGGGAACGGUUGAUGGGUUGAUAGAUUCAAGUUAUCAGAUAAUACACUUAAAGCAAUGGGAAGCUGUUUACGGCAAAGAAUCAAACGUCCUUGGGCCACAUUGAUAUGUUGCGUCAAGACAUACAUGAGUAAAGAUGGCAAGGUUACUGCUGUGUGAAAAAUCAGCCAAUGUUCCCACUAGAUAAAUGUUUCACAAUACACAUUGGAUCUUUUAAAUUUAACACCUAAUGAACCAUAUCCUUUAAUAGCAUUUAAUUUGUAAAUUGUGUACAAAUCAUUUUUAUAAAUUAAUAUAUGUGUAAAACUACUUUAAACCAAAGCUAAAUGUAAUUAAAUAUUGAGAAUCAAUGUGAAGCAGCUGUUAAAGUGCUUAAGUAAAGAAUUAAGUUUUUAAUGUACUGUAGUAGGCGCUUUGUAUUAAGGUGAUUAGUAAUUAGCAAUUUUAAAUUUUGUAUCAUCACAAUUUUGAUUUACAAUUAGGCAAUCUUUAUAUUUUCCAAGUUCACUGCAUUUGAGUAGGGGUUUAGCAAUAUAUUUGUGCAAAACUUGCUAGUAUAGAAAGCAGAUUGUUACCACAAGCAUUAAUUUGUCUCGCAGUGUUUUCUUAAAUGUGUUGUUACACUGCAUUUCCCUGUAGGUUUACCAGUAAGUAAAUUAGGGUUAACAUUUUGAGACAACUAUCUGCUAACUAUGCACAAUAAAUAUGCAUAAACUUUUCAGUUUAAGAGUUGAAAUGAUUCAGCAUUCUUAAAAAAUGUUUCAAGUAGUUUACCAAACAAAGCAACAUUUAUUGUUUGUCAUAUCAUUUACGAGUUUGUUGGUUUAUUCUAUAACUACUGGAGAAUGUGAUGGCCAAUGUGUACCAAAUCUGGCGCUUUACGUGAUAAUUAUAUUUGCUAACUCAGAUAAAUGUGUAUGCAAUCUUAGAAUUUAUGAAUAAGUAGGGACUGUCUGAUCUGUUUUUAAAAGUAGAGUAUGUAUUAAAAAAUAAGAUAUUUAAACCCAAAUGCAAAAAGAUAUCAACACUGUUUAUGUGAGUUUAAAUAAACAAAAUUGUCCAAAUCAACACUCUUAAGAAGCGGCACUUUAAACAUGUAUGUUAGCACGAUCUUAAGAACCUAGGUUACACUGUUAUAUGCCUCAACUCCUAAUUUAUUUGUUUGCCUUUUUAAAGCAAGUAUCAUGUAACAGUAUAACUUCAACUUUUUUCUAUUAUGACAAAUAAAUUAGAAAUAUUAAAUGCAAACAUGUUUUUUCUCAGUAAAUUUUUAUAACACUCUUUAUUGCCAUAACAAUGGUUUACUGAAGCUUCUCCCAAUAUUUUAGCUAAACCCACACAGCUUUUAGGUUACAUGAUUCUUGCAAGGCCCAUCAUCACACAGAAUGUAGUUUUAACAUCAACAAACUCUUAAUAAUUUAUUUUAGUAUUAGAAUUUAAAUGAAACCUAACAUGUUUGGAACCAUCUACCUAGACUAUCAAGCAGUUUUCACUGGAAAAUAAAUCUAAUAGUACGUAAAACAUUAUAUUAGUGCUGUAAACUUCUCCUAGUGGAAUUUAAACUGUCAAAAUGUGAAUUUGUACUUAUCUUAUUACUUGAUUGGAAAAUGUAUGAAUUGAGAUUUGGAACCAGAUAUAUGUAUUCCGUCUAUUUUAUACCAUAAAUUGAAACUGAUUUCACAAAAUGAAUAUUAUAUAUCCAAAGAGGUGUUUAGGAAUAUAUUUAAAGGUAUUAAAGUAUCAAAAUUUGUUUGUGAACAGCUGCUCUUCAUAGAUGGUUAUUGUAUUGGUAACAAUUUAAAGGGUUUAAGGAUCGUAAACGUUACUUACAGAGAUAAAAGUUUAUUUUAAAUUGAUACAAUGCUCAACACUGUAAAUGGAAUACCAAAAUUAUGAUUCUUCUAAAUCCUAUUGCUGGUUGAAUUUAUAGGUCAACAACAGGUGGAUAUCAAUUCUACUACUGACUUGCUAAAUCCCAUGCAUUGUCCUGUUUCCAUGAUAUGUGAUCUGAAGUUUUUUAUAUCACAGAUCAAAAUGAUUACAUGUGUGUAAAAACAGUCAGGUGUGAAUUAGUACCACCUUUCCAGUCUAAAGUUGGCAAAGGUUUCAUGCAUUAGAAAUCUGUGGAUUGACAGAUGUCAUACCUACAAUACCAACAUACAUAGUGACUAUGGUUCAGUUGAGGUCAGUAGUAUAUGCUGUUUUGCUUUGCACUAUGACUGUCACGAAACAUGUGGUACACUGCUGUCUAGAUUAAUGGAUUGUACUAAAUCUCAUUUGUGAAUGUGUGGUAAGGAGUUUUAAUGUUAAAAAUCAUGUAUUUAUGAUUUAUAGGGACACAGACAACCCUGAACAGAAUUAGCUAGUAGAUCUCACUGCAUCAACACAACAUUGAGUGGGAUAUGCACAUUAAAAAAAUGGGAUAAGCAAUGAAUGCAUAUAAAUAUUUUGUAUUUAUUUUACAUUCUAUCACAAUAAAAGAUUUGUUUCCUUGUUUUAUAUGCAUGCCAAUUGACAUACAUAAUAUUACAUAAUAUACAUUCAUGUAUUUAUGCCAAAAGGAAGAUCACAAAAAAAGUUUUAUUAGACUAAAUAUUUAAAUUGAUAUUUUUGGUGUUCCACGUUAAGUGUUGAGUAGUUUACUGGGUUGUUUCAAGUAUCGUGUUUCAUGAUAUUACACAAUAAGACAGUUAAUUGUGAGUCGUUACAAGAAACUUAGUGUGAAAUUCUGUGGUAUUAGCUUAAUUUAUUUACUCAUUAUUGUCACAAAAAAUGUACAGAAUGUGUUUAGGUGUAAAUUUAGCUUGUAAAUGUUUGCUUUAACACAAAUGGUGCCAAAGGUGUGUUAUUAUGCAAUUCUGGAUGUAAAAGUAUGCUAGUGAUAAUUAAAUUUGUUAUGUGGAUUGUUUAUAUCCUGAGUAGAAAAUAAUUUUUUAAUGCUAUUAUCACUAUUAUUAAAUAUUGUUUUGGAAAUAUUUGGAAAGCAAUUUUCAAGCAAUUUUCAAAAAUAAAACUAAAGCAAUGGCUCAUUAUAGCCAAAAACUAGUCCAUCCAAAUAUUCGUUAAUCCUAAAUUUUACAUUUAAUUGGUAAAGAGUAUUGUUUUAGUGUUAGGUUACAUGUGUGUCAUAGUUGAAAUUACUGUGUAUCAUAUCAUUACGGUUACAGUAUAUUACCACUAACCAUGGAGUAAAAUACAUUACCACAUUCUAAAUCUGUAUCUUGAAUCUCAAAUUAACAGUGGUGCCCUCUCAACCAACACCCCAGGAGACCAAAGCUUGGUCGGAUAAGGAAAAAUUCAAUCAUCAUUGCACUAUUCCUACGCUAUUAAUCAUAAAGAAUGAGCUUAAUGUUAUUUGAGAACAGUUUUAUCACCUAGUAUAUAAGUUGUUGAUAACAAGCAGCUCAAGCGCGGUACUUUGUUAAAAACAACCAGCUAAAAUACUGUGGCAAUCACUUAGGUUGUUUAUUGAAUAUACAGUAAACUUAUAGUAAAAAUAUGAUUCAGUCUGUACUGGUUACUUGCUUGAUUAUUACACAUAGAGUUUAUUAUAUAAUCACAUAAAUAAUGUGACUGACUUUCUUAAACUGUGCAACAUGACAGUUAAGCAAAGGGUGAUUGAUUCAAAGGUGGUCCAGAGGGCACUACUGUAGUUAGUUUUCUAUAUAUUAUUCUAUGAUUGCAAUUUCAUAAAAGAGUAAUCUCUGUUUCUGUACUGGAACUGUACAUAACUCAAAAUAUUAUAGUUUUUAAUAGAAAUUGUAUUUAUUAAGAACAUGGUAGCUACAUUUUUUCUCAUUAUGUAUGCAUAUAUAUGAAUAUAAUUGAUUUUAUGGUGUAACAAACUUGGUUAAGAUAGCACAAAACAUAACCUUUAAGAGUGAGAUUUGGUUAUAUGCCCUCAUGUGUGUAAAGAUAUGUCCAAAUACAAUGAUUUGCUCAUACCUGUAUUGCAUGUAAAGCUAUUUUCUUUAGAUUAUUCAAGUUAGCUUGCUCAUUUUCAUGGUCGAAUGAUACAGUUUAAUUUUGUCAUAAUUCAAGCAUUUUGCACUUUUUCUAUUUUCAUUAUUACUUGUUCAUCCCAUAUAUAAAGAACACAUGUUAUCAGUCACUAUCAUGACUCACUGGUCAGGUAACAACAAAAUAACAGGAAUAUCACAGACAAGUAUGUUUAAUUUAUAAUAAAAGUGUACAUCAAUAUAAAUAAUUUUGUUACUCCUUCAACAGCAUCUUCACUAAAUGUGGUUAUCAUCUAAUCACUUAUACAGAUAUCUUGAUUUUGCUAUUUAAAGUAAGCAUGGAAAUAGCCUAUUAAAACACUGCACGCUGAAACAUAAUAUAAAUAAAAAUAUGUUGUUAUUAAAAUGCAUUUGCAGUUUUAUAAAAAUUCAUUUCAUCAAUUUAACUUGGAAGUAAAAUCAAGUCCUCCUGUACUAUGCAUUGACUAUCUUAAUUUAUUUUGCAGAUUUAUAACUUGAUUUAUCCUCAAUAUAUUGAUUGGUUUAUUUCCUUGAAGGUUUAUUGGGCCAGAUAACUAAGGAUGUUUUAUAUGGUUGUUAGUUUCUGUUGUUACAUUGAUGUCUUUUAUAGAUUAUAAGUUGAUUUAUAUCACAUAUACAGUAGUUAAUUACUUUUUAUGAAAAAUAUUUGUAAUAUAACUAAUACAAUAUUAUUUGUACAUCUUCAUCACAAAGGUUACACAGUUUAUUGUCACAAGUCGACCUUACUUUUUACAGGCAUGAUUAAUAUUGUGUGUGCAUAUUAGAGGACAGACAGUUCUAAAACCCUUUCAUAAGUAACAUGUAAAUAAAACAUGUUUAAUUUAGUAAAAUUAGGUAAAUUUUAGAAAUAAUGUAUUUAAUUUAAUAUUAAACUAUGCUUCAACGCAAUACAUAUUAUUUCUUUAUAAAUUGAUCAAGAGUUUUAAAUAUUACAAAAAUUGCCUGGUAUUGAAGUAGUGAUUUGUUUUCUUGUGUUUUUCUGUAUUAUAAGUAGCAGUGUAAAAUUUUUAAAGUUAACAAUUAACUUAUACAAACACUCACACAUAUACAUAUUGUUAUUUUUAUUAUUUAAGUUUAUAUAUGAAAAUAACUUAAAUCUCUUGGAAAAUGAUAAAGUAGUUGAAAGCAAUAAAAAAACACACUUUUUGUAAAGCUAAAUAACUAAUUCAGGUUUUUGUAAUAUGUGGUUAAGAUUAAUACUUUCGAAAUUGUUAGACACUUUAAUGUAAGGGAAAAGAAGUUCAUGGGCUCUUAUCUCAUCACAAAUAUUACGUAUCUGUUGACUGGAAAUCAUAUAAAAUUUUGAUUUACAUAUCUACGAAACAAGUAUUGGUGACAUGUUCCUAAAUGCCCUCUGAAGAUAAAACAUAUUUUCAUUUGAAAUAAAAGAUAUUUUAAUUAAGAUUUGUUAACACUAUGAGCAAAAUAAUAAUUAAAUACAAAGUGAAAUACUGUGUAUGUGACAUAAAUGCUAUAUUAUAUGUAGUUUCCAUUUUUUUCUGUGUAUUAUUGGAUCAUUAGUUACACUCAUUUUGGUUGUUAUUAUUUUUUUAUUUAUUUAGUAUUAAGUAUUUUGUAGUAUGUUACUUAUACAGGCUGUGAGUGGUUAGUAAGUACAGAAUGUUGUGACAUGUGAGAAACAAACUAUGUUUAUGCUUAUCUUUCAUCUGAGAAUUCUGGAAAAGUGCUCAUUUGUCUGUAAUAUUUGAGACUCAGUGUGAUAAUCAUUCACACACACACACAACCGUAUAAACCGGGUAUUGCAAAAGUAUGGAAUCUGCAAGUUUUUUAUGAUAAUUUUUAUUCUAAAAUAUUUUUUUGAACUUUUCACAUGUUACUCUUUUUUCACAACAAAUUAAAAUUACAAUUAAAGUUUAACCAUAGAACUGACAAUGAACAUUAUAAUGUCGAUCCGACACGCAUGUGUUUUUACAGUUCAUAUAAUACAUAAAUCAACACUACCACCACUAUUUAUAUACCGUACCAUUUCAAGUAGAAAGAAUUUACUGAUUUCAAUUGUGAAACUUGUUUUGCUGUUUUUAUAACAUCAGUCACAGUGAUAUCAUAACCUUUCCAAAACAUUGUUUUCAUCUAGCCAUUUUGAAAAUUAGUAAUAUAUCAUGAGUAUGGUUUGUUAUGUUGGUUUAUAAGUUGUUAUAGCUUUGUUUUAGGCUAUACUGUGGUAAGUUUUGGUAUAUUUUGGAAAUACUUAGUGUAAAAAAUUAUAUUUUUUUUUAGUUUUUGAAAAUAAUCGUACCCAUAACAAAUUUAUGUACGUCUCACCACUUUUCUAAAAUAAAAAAAUUAAUAAAUUGGUUAUUAAUUUAGUUAUUGUGUCAUAGUACACAUAAUUCUCUAAAUGGUGGUAUAUUUUUUAAACAUUUAGAGUAAGAUUUAUCUUUUUUGUAAAUUUUUGAAAAUAAUCGUAACUAUAGUAAUAAAUUUUGUCUUUCAUGUACUAUUUGUGGUUUUUACGAUAUAUAUAUAUAUAUAUAUACAUAUAUAUAAUUUUUCUUCAAAAGAACCUGGAUAACAUUAUAUCAUCUCAGAAUAAAAUGAAGAAUAAAUAGGCUAUCUCAGAUUGUAAUAUAUAUAAUAUAUCACACUUUACGAGGGGCAGUCUGCCAUAUUUUUUAAAUGGCUUAUGCGUGAUGUUUUUAUAGCAUAAUUAUCUCCAGAUUUUCCUGGAAAAAUUAUUGUAUUACACAUAUAGGUUUAUAGCAAAAAGGUAUUUUUUUACAAAACGUUUAAAGUAUGUGGUACAAAACACUCAAGGCUUACCAUCUGAGGAAAAAUUUAAUGCUAGUUCGAGGGUUAACAAUAUUUGUAUAUUGAAAUAAGAUAAUAUAAAUCCAUAAAAUUACAUUUUAUACAAAAACUAUAUCUAGUUGACAGUCGGUUAAAAAAAAACACCAUUUCGUAAUAAAACAGCAAUUAAUAAAUAAUUCAGAAAUGAGAAUCUUUGCAUUCUUUUUAUUGUUAUACAGUGGAGUCCCGAUAUAACGAACUCCGAUAUAAAGAAUUCCCCGAUAUAACAAAUUUUUUUAAAUCCCCUUCUAACAUCCAUAACACUCAAUGUAAAAAAUAUCCCAGUAUAAUGAAUAUUGAGCGUAGCAAACCCCUAUAUAACGCACGCAACCCCUGCAUUACAAAUUUCUCCAUUCCAAACCUCGGUUUAGCGUCGUUGAGUAUUGAUUGUGGCGACUCACGGACAAGUCCAGACAUGAAAACAAUGGACCUGCUUCCCCUACAACCAUGUCAGUCAGUGCAGCGUUGACAUUGUGUUUGUUUACACCCUGAUCAGUAGCUAGUGUUGUUUCGAGUCAGUUUGUUUACAUCGACGAGCAGUUUUCAGGCUGUCGUAACUAAUUAAGGCGGUUAAAAACUGAGUAAAUUUCCCGUGAUUUUACUCUCUGUGUAGUCGGUUUUUUUAAAUUUUGUGUUCGUGUUUGCUAUGGCGCAAAAACACAGUAGAAAAUCGCUUACAGUAGAAUUUAAACGUAAAGUAAUACAAUUUGUUGAAGAAAAUCCCAAAAAAGAAGAAAUUGGAGAUUGCCAAGAACUUUGACAUCACUUCCUCCACAUUAACCAUUAUAAAAAUUAUAAAAAAUAAAGGAAAGUACGGAGUUGACGGUGGACUGUCUUCAAAACGUGAAAAAAGGCUAAGAAAGGUGAGCUACAGGAUGUUAAAGAAGCUAUUAUUAA